AUGCUCAUCAACAAAGACAAGGCAAUAUGUACGCCAAAACUUAUCCUGGUGCCAUACUCAGCGCAUCACGUACCACGAUAUCACUCAUGGAUGAAAGAUCCUGAAAUCCAGCAACUCACGGCCUCCGAGCCUCUCAGUCUUGACGAGGAAAACGAGAUGCAGCGCAGUUGGCGGACGGAUGCUGACAAGCUCACUUUCAUCAUUGGCGUUCCUGAUGUUCCAAUUUCACGAGGCACAUUCUCGUUCAUUCACGGCAACGAAGGCUACACAGCAAUAGGCGACGUAAAUCUCUUCCUCCAACAAGACUUCGAUAGUAACGCGCCGUCCGAAAGCGAGGGCAGAGAAGUCCUCGCCGCAGAGCUGGAGCUCAUGAUAGCGGAACCCUCGAUGCGCGGAAAGGGUCUUGGACGGGCGGCUUUACUGUUGUUCCUACAAUAUAUUCUUGAGAAUAAGAAGGGGAUCAUGGAGGAGUAUCGCGCAGAGCAUGCCUUUGGUUUUGAGGAUGGAUUCGAUUUCUUCCGAGUCAAGAUCGGGGAGCACAAUAAGGCAAGCAGGCGAUUGUUUGAAAGCUUGGGGUUUGAGCAGGUUGGAGAGGGGCCAAAUUUCUUCGGCGAGCUUGAAUUGAGGACGGCGAUCACGCUGGAUGAGUUGGAGGGGCUGAGGCGGAAGUUUGGCGUGGAGGCGGGAUCAGAGGUGCGGUACGUGGAUGCGGAAGACCACGAGGACAAUGGAUGA